UUAUGUAUGGGUGGGAGAAAUUUUUUCAGAUGACGGUAAAAAACUAACCGCUACAUAAGAGAACGGUACGUGUUUAUUCUCAUAAAUCUUUUCAUCAGACACAUAUUUAUUUAAUUAUUUAUGUUAGAAAAUAUAUAAAAAAACUCCGAACUGGCAAUGCUAGGAAUGCGGACUCCGGCAAAAUCGGGCGGCCUGUUGAGUAAGCUGCCGCCUGUUAUUUCUGGGCUUGUUUCUAACGCGGGAAUUUCGCACCUUAUGGGCGUUUUGGGCCGCGUAGGGCCCGAGCGAGAGAAUGCUACCGGCAGAUCCUCGGUUGGUUCUACCCAUCUGGGAAAUAUAUGGGCCCAGUAGAGCCUCCGCCUCUGACUUCUCGAAUCAUCGAGACAGGCCGGCGGGUUCGGCCGCCAUGGUGGGCACUGGGCAGCGUCGGCAACGGCCUGGCGGAGGUCGGGAACCCCGGCCACCCGGAGGAGCUGGAGCGGGCGGUGGCGUAGAGGAGGGAGAUUGCGCUGCGGCAGAGCGUGCACGCGUCCUGCUUCGCGGGUUGAAGGAGCCCGACGCCGACGAGCGGUAGGCGGCCAUGGCAGCCCUCCUCGCGCGGAUACGGCCGCCGCCUCGUCGAGCGCGUCAAGCACCUCCUCGCACUUCUCCACUUGGUGAUUGAUUCAUUCAGAGCAACUAUGGUGUCCACUCCAGGCAGUUCCAAGUGGGGGUGUUGAAUGUUUUUGCUCAUUUGUGGGACCUGGAAAAGGAUGACUAUUGGGAUACAUUACAAAAUGUGGAACCGAAGGAAAUUUGCUUGGGAUUCUUGUAGGGUUAGCACUUGCAAUGCGUACUGGAGGAAUCACUCUUCUUUGUGAAUCUAAUUUACAGCUAGAAACUGUUUUACAGAAGAGAAGUUUUACAUGACAGUAUUUUGUAUGCUUCCUGUUAAUCCCACCACUCACUAUUCAAAGCAGCAAGAAUGUACAGGAUGAUAUGUGUUAAAGUGGAUACUCUUCUCUCCGAAGGAAUAGAUUGUGCAGAUUUAGAAGAAAGCUGCUUGAGAACAGACUACAGAGACAAACCAGCCAUUAUUGAUGUCGACAUUGGGACAGCUGUCAAGGGAGUAGUUGAUGAUAUUGGUUUGAUUAUUAAAACACUUGAGGAAUCUAUAUUUCCUACAGCCGCCGAGGCGGAGGAAGAGGAAGAGGAGACCGCUGCCGCCAUCAAUCUCGAGGCCGAGGCGGAUGGGAUCUGCGGGGAGGGCAGCGGCGGCAUCGACAUCAACGAGGCGGUGGACCUCAGUGAACUGGGAUUCCGCGUCGACGAGAUAUGGGGGUCCUCCACGAUUUGCCGCGACCGAUCGAGGGGAGGAAGAAGAAAGGUUGUGCCUUUUGAUCAUAAUCUCGCUCUUAUUACUGCUGCUUACCCACUAACUGCUCAACAAGGUAGAUGGCUGGGAAAAUGGAGUCGUGGUACCGAAUCCACGUACUUUUGUUUAGCUUAGUUUUGUUUCUGAUGGAAAUGUGGGGUUUAGCGAUGCAAAGUUGCUAGAGUUUCUCUACAUGUGGCUCCUUUUUGUGUGAACUUGGUGUAAAGUGAGAUCGAUGCCUUCUGGUAUAGAGAAGUUUACUUUGUUUUGCAUCAAUCUGCAUGAAAAUUUGUUUUGUGUUCAUGCCCAGUUCUAUAUGAUGGUACUAUUAUCUUUAGGAUAUCCUCUUGAUCAUUGUUGGUUUUGUUGAAACGAAUCGUUCUUGCUUGUUCCUGCUUACAUUGCUUGUUUAUGGGCUUCUCAUGCCAGGUUCUGUGAAUUGAAGGCAAUCUUGGCUUUAUUCAAUGAUAAGGGAAAGGCCUGCUGCUAGAGUCCUACCUUAUUGCACUGAGUUUAGUCACAGUGAAGCGCUUCUGAUAUUUCACUAGAAUAUUUUCUUGUUUCCUUUUUCCCUUUCAGAUAAGUUGUAUUGUCAUUAGUUCUGCUUGAUUACAUUGUUCAUUUCCCAAUAGUUGUAGACUCCUCCUCCUUCUGAAUUCAAAUAUUAUGGAGGGGAAAUAUGCUGUCUUUUCCCUGUAGGUACUUUUAUUAACUCGAUUUGGCAGAAAACAACUCAGUUAUACUUUGUUAUGUUCGACGCCAAUGCUUAGCCUGAAUCUCCUUUUCUCAUGCUUUUUUAUGAGUGUUCAAUAUAUGCUCGAAUAAGGAUGUAAAUCUGAUUGUACGGCGGUGUAUUGCCUGACAUUUAGAAUUGCGCAUUUAAUG